GCGCGUCACGGCAUUUAGGCCCCUCAACGCCCGCCACGCCCAGCGCCAGGGGGCGCCCGGCCUGCAGGCCCCGGCCCGCCCCCAGCGGCGAGCGUCCGCUGGCUUGGCAUCCCGGUCUUUCCCGCUUCCAGGCCCGCCCCCGCAGACGUGGAGCGCCGCGGCGGCGGCAAGUUUGUCAAAGAUGAAAGUUACCUUAUCAGCUUUGGAUACUUACGAGACUUCUUUCACACCUUUGGUAGUCAUUGAGCUUGCUCAGGAUGUCAAAGAAGAAACCAAAGAAUGGUUGAAAAACAGAAUUAUUGCUAAAAAGAAAGAUGGAGGUGCCCAGCUGUUGUUUAGACCCUUGUUAAAUAAAUAUGAGAAAGAAACGUUAGAAAAUCAAAACUUAUAUCUUGUUGGCGCUUCCAAUAUUAGAUUGCUGCUAGGGGCAGAAGCAUUGGGCUUGGUAAAAGAGUGCAACGAUAACACCAUGAGGGCCUUCACAUAUGGAAGCCGACAGAACUUCAAAGGUUUUGAUGAUAACAAUGAUGAUUUCCUCACAAUGGCAGAAUGUCAAUUCAUUAUCAAGCAUGAACUUGAAAAUCUUAGAGCCAGAGAUGAAAAAAUGAUCCCUGGUUACCCCCAGGCAAAGUUGUAUCCAGGAAAAUCAUUAUUGAGAAGAUUGAUCACCUCUGGCGUUGUGAUUCAAGUGUUUCCACUGCAUGAUAAUGAAGCCCUGAAGAAGCUUGAGGACACCUGGUAUACUCGGCUUACCUUGAAGUAUCAGCCCAUAGACAAUAUUCGUGGCUACUUUGGGGAGACAAUUGCUCUUUACUUUGGAUUUUUGGAAUAUUUCACUUUCGCCUUAAUCCCCAUGGCUGUCAUUGGGUUGCCUUACUAUGUGUUCGUGUGGGAAGACUAUGACAAGUACGUGAUCUUCGCCUCAUUCAACCUGAUCUGGUCCACAGUGAUCCUGGAGGUGUGGAAGCGUGGCUGUGCCACCAUGACCUACAGGUGGGGGACGCUGGUCAUGAAGAGGCAUUUUGAGGAGCCCCGGCCAGGAUUUCAUGGGGUUCUGGGUAUCAAUCCUGUCACCGGCAGGGAGGAGCCUCUCUACCCCAGCUACAAGAGGCAGAUGCGCAUUUACCUGGUCUCUCUGCCCUUUGUGUGCCUCUGUCUCUAUUUCUCUCUGUAUGUCAUGAUGAUUUACUUUGACAUGGAGGACUGGGCCUUGGGGCUGCAUGAGAACAGCGAGUCUGAGUGGACCAGUGUCUUGUUGUAUGUGCCCAGCAUCAUCUAUGCCAUCGUGAUUGAGAUCAUGAACCGCCUCUAUCGAUAUGCUGCUGAGUUUUUAACUUCAUGGGAGAAUCACAGAUUGGAAUCUGCCUACCAGAAUCAUUUAAUUCUGAAAGUUUUAGUGUUCAACUUUCUCAAUUGUUUCGCCUCACUCUUCUACAUUGCCUUUGUCCUGAGGGAUAUGAAGCUUUUGCGUCAGAGCUUGGCCACUCUCCUGAUUACUUCGCAGAUCCUUAACCAAAUUGUAGAAUCUUUUCUUCCUUAUUGGCUUCAAAAGAAGCAUGGUGUACAGGUGAAGAGGAAGCUGCAGGCUUUAAAGGCAGACAUUGAUGCUACAUUAUAUGAGCAAGUCAUCCUGGAAAAAGAAAUGGGGACCUAUUUGGGCACCUUUGAUGAUUAUUUGGAGUUAUUCCUGCAGUUUGGCUAUGUGAGCCUUUUCUCCUGUGUUUACCCAUUAGCGGCUGCCUUCGCUGUGUUAAAUAACUUCACCGAAGUCAAUUCAGACGCCUUAAAAAUGUGCAGGGUCUUCAAACGUCCAUUCUCAGAACCGUCUGCCAAUAUUGGUGUAUGGCAGUUGGCUUUUGAAACAAUGAGUGUUAUAUCUGUGGUCACUAACUGUGCACUGAUUGGAAUGUCACCACAAGUGAAUGCACUCUUUCCAGACUCAAAAGCGGACCUAAUUUUGAUUGUUGUAGCAGUAGAGCAUGCACUUCUGGCUUUAAAGUUUAUACUUGCAUUUGCUAUACCUGAUAAACCACGGCAUAUCCAGAUGAAACUGGCUAGAUUGGAAUUUGAAUCCUUGGAAGCGCUCAAGCAGCAGCAGCUGAAGCUCGUGGCCGAGAACCUAAAGGAGGAAGCUGGGGUCGGUGGGAAGGAGAAGUCGGCCUGAGCAUCCUGGCUGUCCCGGCUGCCCUGUCCACAAGGCCUGUGACUGCGCCACAUCUGCCGCUUCUGCUCUGGUGGAGAGAGGCCAGGGCAGUGUCAUGGCGCCGUGACCCAGACCCAGCACUCCGCCAAGUGAAGUGGCCCCCACACAGCAGAUGCCCCGCCGAAGUGCCCAGCUCCAUCCUUUGCCCACACCUGCCAACCCUUCAUUCCAGUCCCCUGACUGCUCAGAGCCACUGCUGCCCCUUGAGCCUCUCUCCAUGUCACCCCUCACAGUGAUGGCCACUCCUUGUCCCCAUGAUGGCCUGGGACCCGUGGGCAGGCUGGCGGAUUGGGGGUGCCCACCAUGCCCUCAAGAACUGCUCGGAAGGGGCUGCCUGCCGAGCUGCAGUUGAGCGAAUGGUGCGGCAAGGCAGUGUUUGCAACACCAGGGCUGCGUUAAGUACCUCUUUCUUGGUCUUAUCUUGCAGUAUGUUCACAGCUCCCUUAUCCGCAGAAACAGAAGGAACCAAGCUAUUAAAGGCAGCGUGCACCUCUGACUCUGCCUUCCUCCGAUUUUGAAGGAGCCCUGGGUCAGGUGACCAGUGGCAUCACUGGGGGGAGGGGGGCGGACCGCACCAGGGGACACUGUCAGAGGAUGACACCAAAAUGACGGUCUGUAGAAGUUUUGUAGUGUUUCGGCAGAAAUUUAUUAUUAUAAAAAUAUCCCUGUAGUUAGCUAGAACAACAAAAACAUUUUUCAUAAGCUCAGCUUACAUGUAUCAAUAUACCUACAAGGCUAAAACUCUAUGCUAAUUUUUUGAACUUCCCAAUGCACUCCGGUCAGAGCUGUCGUUAUUACCCAGUUCCGGUGACGCCCUGAACCACAUGCUUUCGUCUGCCUGCUCUACAGGCACGCGCUGUUUGGUGGCAGCCGGUGUUCUUAUAGUUGCCAACUUUGUCAGAUUUUCUGGUGUUGUCGCUAUGGUAUUGUAAUUAGCAUGAGGGGGUGACACCAACCCUAGUGAUGUCACUGCAGGUAACUAAAGGUGGA